AUGCAAACCUCAGCGGUAACAUCGAGCGUCAGCAGUGAUCCACCAGACACUCGCUUGAAAGACGCAAUAUCUGCUGUAUAUGCAUCAACAUCGCCAAACUCAGAAUUAAACCAUUCAAACACCUCAUCGUCAUCUUCUUCGUCAUCUUUUUCUAAUACACAAAAUCAAGAGCAAUCACAUAUACUUCGGAGCACAACAGUACACAAAAUCACACCAACCGAGGCCACGAAAAUCCUCAACGAACAAGCUUUUGACAUCUCAUCAAGUAUCCCCAGCGUAGAAAGUUCUGGAAUACACAAGGUUCAGAUUGCAACUUUGCCAGCGAAUGAACAGAAUGAAGAUACAUACGCAUAUGACUUUCUACCAGAUGCGGCUACCGAAUAUGGUGACGCUGUAGGGGUAGGGGUACAGCAGAAGCAUUGGUUGUUCUUUGCUGUCUAUGAUGGGCACUAUGGACCAUCUACUUCUAAAUAUUUGAAAUCUGCCUUAAUCUCUGCAGUCUAUACUUCCCUCUUGGGCCUUUACAAAUCCCAUCUCCCAGGAUACCCACCAAACUCACUAGUCAUUUCUACAAUAUCAACUACUUUCACAACCCUCGACUCUGCAUUGACUUCCACAGCCACCCCAUCCUCAACCCAAGGUUCCUGUGCCCUCCUAACCUUCCACGACACUCGCCACAACCGCCUCUUCACAGCCUGCACAGGCGACUCCCGCAGUGUUCUCGGAAAACGUCUAGGUUCCCCUUCAAACACCCGUUGGCUCUCCAAACCUCUUUCUACAGACCAAAACUUCACUUCAAACCCUUCAGAAGUCACACGCGUGGAAUCAGAACAUCCAGGUGAGAAAGAUGUAAUAAUCCAAGGAAGGUUAAUAGGCGAUUUAGCCGUGAGUAGGGCGUUUGGGAAUAGGAGGUUUAAGGUCCCCGAUGAAUUUGGUGGGAAGAUGACAAGGAAUAAAAGGCAGUAUGGAGUGUUAAGGAGUCCGCCAUAUAUUACUGCUGAGCCGGUGGUAACUGUCCAUGAGGGACUCAAAGAUGGGGACUUUGUAUUACUUGCUACUGAUGGACUGUGGGAUUUUUUGAGUAGUGAAGAUUCUGUGGCUCUGGUUGGACGGUGGACGGACGAGCAUAUUGCUCCCGUUGGUCGUAAUAGUAAUAAUAGUAGUAAUAGUAAUAGCAAUGCUAGGAACAAGCGAAAAACGAGACUGACGAGUAGUCAGGAGGAAAUGUAUGUAUUUGAAGAUGAUUCAAACGUCGGGGUUCAUCUUAUUAGAAAUGCAUUGGGUGGAGUUAGAGAAGGGAAAUUGCUAUUUACGUUGGGACUAGAGCCGGGUAUAAAUAAAGCUAAGAAGCAUCGGGAUGAUAUUACGGUUCUUGCGGUAUUUUUUGGGUCUUAG